AUGAGCAGUUCAAAAGGAAGCUGGAACUCCGAGAUUAAUGGUGCUCCAAUGGAGAUGACCUACAAUUGUGGACUAAAAGUGUACUUAAAGACCUCUUGGACCCGAAAGAAUCUGGGAAGAAGAUAUUGGGCAUGCCCUAAAUAUGGGAACUUUGGUUAUUGUGGAAUUUUUAUAUGGUUCGAUCCGAAUAUUUGCGAAAGAGCAAAGAAUAUUAUACCCGGUUUGCUGGAAAAAUCAAAUAAACACCAACAUCAAAUUGAACAAUACAAGUUGAAGAAUGCUGAAAUCGAAGCUCAGCUAUUAGUGGCAAUGAACAAGGUGGAUGACAUGAACAAUGCAUUGGUUGUGUGCAAGAAUAAGAUCGAAAAAUUAUGGAUGGGUCGUCGCAAUUCUGAAGAUGGUCGUCCCAAUUCUAAAGAUGCUCGUCGCAAGUCCGAAAUGUUGGGAUCUGUGAGGAUCUCGUUAUGUACAAAUCACGAAUUCAAUAGCAAACGUAAACCUAUGCGCAGCGGAGCUAAAGGCUCCUUCCGGCGGCGCGUGAGGGCGCGUGCAGCGUCGGAAUAUGGCGACAUCGGCGGUGAUGGAAAGUUCUCGUCGAUACGGUCGUUUGGGUAUACUGUUGUGAACAACUAUUCUUGUUCGCAAGUAACUGAUAGAGUGAUCUUCGGUUCGCCCGAUGACGACCCACCCUAUCUAAGUGCAGAACAACAGAACGUAGAACUUGUUUAA